AUGCCACCAACCAGACGUACAAACUUAGGCCGCAGAACUCGAAAUACGGCAAGUCAAAGAAAUAUAAGAGCAAAUCAAGCUGAUGAGCAACGCGAAGCGCGAAAUGAACUUCAACGAAAUCGAAAUCAACAUAGAAAUGUUGUGUUUAAUCCCCACAGAGCUGCAUUCAGUUAUAAUAUGGCAAUUGAUUACAGUUCAGAGCGAAUUGUUGCUAUUGGACUAAUGAAUAUUGUGUGUCCACAUUGCAAUGCAUUGAAAUUCAAAAAUGAAGCCCAUGGAUUGUGUUGCGCCAGCGGUCAAGUCAAAUUAACGCCAUUGGUACCACCACCAGAGCCCCUACAUUCAUUGGUUUCCGGAAAUGGGCCAGAUUCUAAUCAUUUUUUGACUCAUAUUCAGCAAUACAAUAAUUGCUUUCAAAUGACAUCAUUUGGCGCAACAAAAGUUAUUCGAGACAAUUAUAUGCCUACUUUCAAGAUUCAGGGUCAAAUAUAUCAUCGAACAGGUUCCUUAUUGCCAAUUCCUGAUGAAGACUAUAAAUUUUUGCAAAUAUAUUUUAUGGGCAAUUCAGCGCCUGCAGGACAACAUGCUGGACGUUUUAAUGCGCCAACAAUUGAUGAAGUGGCUAUUGUCGUCGUGGGCGAAAAUGUUGAAACCCGAGACAUUGUUUUACAUCGGCGGAACGAUCAACUUCAGCGUGUGUCUGAAACACAUCGAUCAUAUGAUGCCUUACAAUAUCCUAUUCUAUUUUGGCAAGGUGAAGACGGCUAUCAUUUUUCAAUUAAGAUGAUAAAUCCAGUUACAGGUGCUGAAACGAACAAAAAAGUUAGUUCAAUGAAUUAUUAUUCAUACAGACUGAUGGGUUCGGGAAAAUGA